GGUGUCGUCUAUCCCUCAGUGCGCAUGCUCCAGCUCAGAGCAUCGGCGUACACAUACCUUCACCUCACUCCGCUUUUCACUACACGCCCCUCACAAGUGGUGAACCUUUCGCAAUUUUAUGUACCACCAUCCUCUCAAUUCUUAGUUUUUUGGAGUAAGCGAUCAACUUUGAAAUAGUCUGGAUUUUGUGAAGAGCUUGCUUUUACCACGUCUUCCACCACCGCUGCUGCUGCUACAGGUGUCUGUGCGCACCGACCAGAGAACAUGUCCAAUGGGAAAGAAGCAAAUGUUCCAACAAACCUCCCACAGAUGACCCUCCAAGAGUACCUGGAUGAGUGCAUGGAAGCUUUGGACCUCUUCCUUAACAACCACUUCAAUGAGAGCUUAGACAGGCUUAAGCCAAGGGUGAAUGAGAGCAUGUACCAUGCUCUUAUCUAUGCCACAGUGCUGGAGAUGCAGGCCAUGAUGACAUUUGAGCAUGAAGACAUCACUAACGCUGGAAACACCAUGAAGAGUGCCCAGGAGGUCUGCCAGAGGUUUCGAAGAAAAUCUCAAGGUCUGAGUAGUAAGACUGGGGAUUCUUUGUCUGAAGUGCAGCUCCAUGCUGAAGUAUGUUACGCUGAAUGUCAACUGCAAAGAGCGGCUCUCACCUUCCUACAGGAUGAAAAUAUGGUCAGUUUUAUCAAAGGGGGCAUCAAAGUACGAAACAGCUACUUGAUAUACAAAGAACUACAUUCCUUCAUCAAAUCCCAUAACUGCCAGAAAGGAGCCAGCCACCUGCACUUAGAGGGAGGGGUCUCAUUUGGAAUAGGUGCCUUUAAUCUGACCCUCUCUUUGUUUCCUCCUCGGAUACUAAAACUGUUGGAGUUUGCAGGUUUCUCUGGAGACAAGGAGUUUGGUCUGUCACUGCUCAAGGCUGGUGCCACAGGGAUGAACCUCCGCUCGAUGCUGUGUGCUCUCCUAUUGCUCUGCUACUACACAUUUCUGACUAUUAUUCUUGGCACUGGUGAGGGAGAGGUGACUGAAGCUGAGGAGCUGCUCAAACCUUUCCGCCUCCGCUACCCACAGGGAGCAAUCUUCCUCUUUUUUGCGGGCAGAACUGAGGAGAUUAAAGGCAACAUUGAUGAGGCUGUGGCUUUGUUUGAGGAUGGCUGUAAGGCGCAGCAGGCCUGGAAGCAGUUCCACCACAUGUGUUACUGGGAGCUCAUGUGGUGCUUCACCUUUAAGAGGGACUGGAAGAUGGCUUACUUCUACGCAGACCUCCUGAGCCGAGAGAGCCGCUGGUCCAAGGCUAUGUAUGUGUACAUGAAAGCAGCAUAUCUGAGCAUGCUUCCAGAGCAACAGGCCAGACCGUUUGAGGAGGACGAGGUACUGCUCUUCAGACAAGUGCCCACCUUCAAGCAGAAGAUCGCAGGGAAGUCUCCGCCCACAGAGAAGUUUGCAAUCCGUAAAGCCAGACGCUACAAGGCUCCCAGCCCUGUAAGACUGCCAGUGCCAGCACUGGAGAUGAUGUACAUGUGGAAUGGCUUCACUAUGAUCCGGAUGAGACCUGAGCUGAACAAUGGCAUGUUGGAAACUGUACAGGAGGCAGAGCGUACCCUAGAGGAUAGCCCUGAGCAUGAGUCCCUGGUGGAUGACCUGUGUUUGGUUCUACUGCUGAAGGGAGUGUGUCUGAGGAACCAGGGCAGUUUGCAGUCUGCUCUGAACUGUUUCAAACAGCUGUGUGACAGUGAGAAGAGGAUCCGCUUUGAUCACUAUCUGGUGCCCAAUGCUCUGGUGGAGAUGGGUCUAAUUUAUAUUGACCAAGGCGAGAGGGAUAACGCCAUCAAAGUACUGCGCAAGGCCAAAAAUAGCUACAAAGAUUACUCCAUGGAGUCCCGAACACAGUUCAGGAUACACGCUGCUCUAGCCAAAAUCAAGGCAGAAAAAGUAGAAGAUGAGGACACGCAUCUGUGAGAAGCUUCUAUUCUGU